GCUGUGCGAACGCGGUUUUUGUCAGCUGUUCCGGCCCCCACCACCACCUCCCCCUCACAAAAGAGCUGGGACCUCCGGAGUGUGGACGUGGUAACCAAGCAUUGGAGAAAUACCACAAAGAAAAUGCCUAUUGAAUCCCCAGGGAGACCAACAUUUUUUGAAAUUUUUAAGACACAAUGCAGCAAAGCAGAUUUAGGACCCAUAAGCCUUAAUUGGUUUGAAGAACUUUCUUCAGAAGCUCCACCCUAUAAUUCUGAAUAUGCAGAUGAAUCUGAAUAUAAAAUCAACAGUUAUGAACCAAACUCAUUUAAAACACCACAAAGGAAACCUUUUUAUCAGUUGGCUUCAACCCCAAUAGCAUUCAAAGAACAAGGUCAAACCCUGAGAGUACAGCCAUCUCCUUUAAAAGAAUUAGUUAGAGAUGAGGAAACAUCUGGAACUAUAUUUCCUAAUGAUCCAACUGUUAUUUUGAAAAACUAUUUUUCCAAACACAAGGAAAGUCUGAAGAAAAAUUAUCAUUUCAUUCCAUCUGUAACCAAUAGUGAAAACAAAAAUCAAAGAGAAGCUAGCAGUCAUGGAUUUGGGAAAGUGUUAGAGAAUUCAUUUGGUAAAGUCAAUAGUGACAAAGAUGACUUUAGAACAUCAAUGACAGAUACCCAAGAAGAUGAAGUACAUGAAACAGUUGCAGAUUUUUCUGAAGAAGAUAGUUUUUCAUUAUGUUUUUCUAAGAAGAGAACAGGAAAUCUACACAAGACAAGAUUGGAUAAGACUAGAAAAAAAAUUUUCUGUGAAACAAGCACUGAUGAAUUCAGUGAAAAAGAUAAACAAGUUAAAGAAGAUAAAUAUUCAUUUGCAUCUGAAGUGGAACCCAGUGAUGAUGAUCCUUUAGAUACUAACUUAGGAAAUCAGAAUCCCUUUGGCCAUGAAAGUAACAAAGCCUCCAAGGAGGCUGUACCAUCUUCAGACUGGGAAUGGUCGCAGCUAAACCUCUCAGGCCUGAAUGAAACCCAGAUGGAAAAAAUGCCUCUAUUGCCUAUUUCUUCUUAUGACCAAGGUAAUUCAGAAAAUAACUUAAUAGACACUGAGAAAGAAUGUAUGACGUCUAUUAAUACAAAAAAUUCUUUGCUGCCUAUUUCUAGUCUUCCACAAUCAGAAGAGAUAUUACAAGAGGAAACACUGAUAGAUAAGAGAGAUGAAGAGCAACAGCUUGAAUCUCAUGAAGAUUCCUUUCUUGUAGCAAAGCAGAUAGUGCCUGGAACUUCCCCAACAGUUUCUCCAUUUCCAAGUAUCAAAAAAUCUUUAUUCAGGAUAAGACAGCCAUCUGAAGAGACUUCUGAUGAAGUUUUCUCAGGUAAUCUGACCAAAACAAACUUUAAGGAAGAAAGUGGAACAUUUGAAAGUGGAAUGGAAAUACGUGCUAUUUGCUCCCAGAAGGCAGAUUCUUUAUUUCCUAGCUCACUUGAUAGUGAAAAACACCCAGCCACUAGCACUCAUACUUCUGUCACUUUGAAAAUUGAGGGUUUAAUAUCCAGUUUGAAAAAGAAGAAGAAAAAGUUUAUUUAUGCUAUAGAUGAUGAAACAUCUUGUCAAGUAAAAAAAUCACAAAAAUUGCAGAAGUCAGAACCAACAAACCAUUCAUCCCAGUGUGAAGCACCACUUAUAUUUACAGAUGCUCACUCAGGUUCAUCACAUUCUUCUGUUAGAAGAAACUGUUUACAGAGUGAGGCCAAAGAACCAACCAACUCUUUUAAGACAGUUCUGAGGAAAUAUUCUGACAAUGAAAAUAGUUAUGCUAAUGUAUUAAUACCUGAGGAUCUUAAUUAUAAAGAAGCAAAAAUUAAAGAAAAGCCAGGAACUGAUUUUCUGCCAUGCUUUCAGGAAAGACAAUGUGAAGAUGCUUCAAAAAGCCAAAAGGUUUCAUAUAUAAAAGAAAAGGUAUCGGUUGCAGCAUGCCAUUCUGUAGUACAGCCUGCAGAAAUGGAAUGUCAUGGUUUUCACUUUGAAUCACAGGGAAGUUUUUUAGAUGUUCUUCCUAAUACCAGUACUCCUACUUCCAAAGGUCCUCUUUCAAAUCCAGUUGUGGUUUCUAGAGGAAAAGACUUAUAUGAAAUGCCAGAGAAAUUUAAGGUUAAGAAUUAUGAAACUGAUACUGAAUUAACUCAAAACAUUUCUUUGGGAAAAAAUCCAGAAAUGUAUGUUUUAAAUGGAAGUUUGAAAAAAGCUGAGAUUUUGUCAUCUGAAAAUUGCAUAAAAAUAGCAUCACCUUCAUUGAAGUUGGAAUUUAAUCAAAAUAAAAAUCUAACAGUAAACCAAAAAGACCAAGAAGAAACCUCUUUAAUUUCAGAAGUAAGUAUCCAUCUAAAUUCUGAAGAAGGAAUUUUCCCAGGCAAUGAGAAUAACUUCAUUUCUCAAAGAACGAGGCAAAGAAACAGUCCUGUUUUAGGAACUACUGAGGAACUCUAUGAAGCAGACCAUAGUUGUGUAAAAGAACCCAUUUUUAAGAACUGUAUGAUGGUAAUUGAUACAGACAUAGAUGAUAAACAAGCAGCCCAUGUUUUGAUUACAGAAGGUUUUAGCUCAUCAGAUAAUAGCUAUGAUCUUACAGAAGAGAACAAAAAUAGUGCAAAGCAGAAUUUAAAAAGAACUCUCACUCAAGAGUUAAAAUCAAAUUCUUUCUUGGAUAUAAAAGAUAUAAAAUCAAACCGAAAUAAUUAUUAUGAAGACAAAUUGUCAGGGCUCUUAAAUCCACUUACAGAUCAUAGUUUUAGAGGUGGCUUCAGAACAGCUUCAAAUAAAGAAAUAAAACUCUCUGAACAUAACAUUAAGAAGAGUAAAGUGCUCUUCAAAGAUAUUGAAGAAAAAUAUCCUACUAGUUUACCUUGUGUUGAAAUUGCAAAUACAAAUACCUUAACAUUAGAUCACCAAAAGAAGCUAAACAAACUUAACAUAUCCAACUCAAAGUUAGUUAAUACUGUUUCUCCAUCUGUUCAGAGUGGUACAUUUAUUCCUGACUGUGAAAAUAAUCAUACAUCCCCUUUAAAGCAAGAUAUCAGUGCAAACCAUAAUUUAACACCUAGCCAAAGGGCAGAAGUUACAGAACUUUCUACUAUAUUAGAGGAAUCAGGGAGUCAAUUUGAAUUCACACAGUUUAGAAAACUGUGCCACAGAGCACAAAAUCUUACAUCUGAAGUUCCUAAAAACCAGAUGGCUGACUCUAAUCACACUUCUGAUGCUUCAUCUCAAGGUCAGGUAGAUAGAAGUGAGAAACUUAAAGAAGUUGCCAGAAUUAAACAGACCUCUGCUUGCUUACUGAAAAACUAUAACAAAAGUACAGGUGAAAGUGAAAAGGAGUUUCAAGGCUUUUAUUCUGCUCUUGGUACAAAACUCAGUAUUUCUACUGAAGCUCUGCAAAAAGCUUUGAAACUAUUCAGUGACAUUGACAUUAUUCACGAGGAGACUUCUGUAGAAGCAGAGCCAAGAUUUUCUUCCAGUAAUAGUCAUGAUUCUUUUGUUUCAGCACAUAAGAUAGAAAGUCACACCAAUAAUAAAAAUUUACAUGAGAAAAAUAGUAAAUGCCAACUCAUAUUACAAAAUAAUAUUGAAAUGACCCCUGGCAUUAUUUGUGAAGAAAAUACUGAAAAUUACAUGAGAAAUACCGGAAGUAAAUGUAACAGAUGUACUGAUAUGAGCAGAAGUAUUUGUAAAUUACAAGAAUCUGAUGGCACUGACUCAAGUAGGAAUGAUGAUAAAGUUUAUAUUCAUAAAGAUGAAAGUAAUUUGCAGUGUACUGAUAGGCAUAAUAUAUAUAUCAAAUCAGCUAGCCAGUUCACAAAAGAAGGAAACAUACAGACUAAAGAAUGCUUGUCAGACUUAACUUGUUUGGAAGUCAUGAAAGCUGAAGAAACAUGUCUUACCAAUUCCUCUAAUAAAGAACAAUUAACUGUAGGUAAGAAGGAGCAAAAUGUAAAAGAUUUUGAUAUAACCUCUCCGACAGCAAGUGGGAAAAAUAAUAGAGUCCCUGAAGAAUCUUCAAAUUUCUUUGAUAAACACAUGGGAGAAAUAAGUAACUUUUCAAAUUCCUUUAAUUCUGAAUUACUUUCUGGCAUCAUUAAGAGCAAAGUGGAUAUUUCAUGUCAUGGGGAAACAGACAUGACUGAAAACAAAAUAUCAGAAGAAGGUAUCCCAGUUGGUAAUGGAAAGCAACCAUCUGACUAUAAAAUGGGAAAGAUCAAAGAACAUACUCUCCUGGGUUUUCAUACUGCUAGUGGGAAAAAAGUAAAAAUUGCCAAGGAAUCUCUGGAAACAGUGAAAAAUCUUUUUCAUGAAAAAGAAGAUGUUGGUAAAAUCUCCAGUUUUGGUUAUCAAGAAACAAAGAUACUAAAGUACAGAGAAGACUCUAAAGAAAGGCUUGAUUUAACAUAUGAGAGAAUUGAAAUAACUGUCCCCAAAUGUGAAGAAAUGCAGAAUUCUGUAGAUGAUAAAAUGUUUGUUUAUAGGGAACCUAGGAUACUACCCAGGCUAAGCAAUAAUUUGUAUGAGCAAACUGAAAAUCUCAAAACCUCAAAGAAUAUUUCUUUGCAAGUUAAAGUACAUGAAAAUAUAGAGGAAGAAACAGAAAGAAGCUCUACAGCUUGUUGCACAAAUCAACCUACAGCUUUGGUGUUUUACACAGGACAUGGUAGAAAAAUUCCCGUGAGUCAGUCCUCACUGUCUAAAGCAAGACAGUGGCUUAGAGAAGAAUUGGAUGAUCAUCUAGAAGAAAUAAAUACUGCCAAAGUUGUACGUGCAAACAAGUACACUAAUGAUUAUGUAGGGAAAGUGUCAUAUGAAAUUAGUUUAAACCGUAUUGUAACUGAAAAUGACAAAAAUCAUCUCUCUGAAGAGCAAGAUUCAGCCUAUUUAAGUAACUGUAGUAUAUCUAAUAGCAGUUCAUACCAUUCUGACUUGUGUCAUUCCAAUGAUCUAUACUCAGGACAUUCUUCAAAAAAUAACAGUGUUUCUGGUAUUGAGGCAGUCAUUAAUGUCAAAGACAAGAAAAUCACUUGUUUUUCUGAAGUAGUAUCUGCUAUUAGAGAAGCAAAUAUACAUUCGCAAACUGCAAAUGAAAAUACUUGUGCUCAGAAACUUGUGACUGACCCUUCACUGUGCAAAAAUAAAAAUCUAGCCAUGAAUUUGGCUACCCCUGAUCCAAAUAAUUUUGAGAUAGGGUCACCUACAUCCAGUACAGCUACUAGUAAAAUAGUCUGCAUUUCAAAUGAAAAAAUUAAAGUGGAAGAAGUAUUUACUGACAACUGCAAGAAUAUAGUCAAGCAAAACACUGAGAAUAAACUAGGUACUGGCCAAACAAAAAUCGUGGCAUGUAAGGCAUUAGACGAUUCAAAGGUUGUUGUCAUUAAUAACUCUGCAGAUAAUGACUUCAUGGAUUCACAUAAGGCCUUUGCUGACAUUCAAAAUGAACGCAUUUUACACCAUAACCAGGGUACAUCUGGAUUGGAGAAAGCUUCUAAAGUAUCACAUUGUGUUUCGGAAAUUCCAGAGAAGUGUGAACUUAAUAUAGGGACGUUUCCCCCGUCAGUCUCCUCUAAAAAUACUUUUGGGAUUUUUAGCACAGCAAGUGGAAAAUCUGUAGAAGUAUCAGAUGCUUCAUUACAAAAGGCAAGACGGGUGUUUGCUGAGAUAGAAGAUAAUACUAAGCAACUUGCUUCCACAGAAUCACUUAAAAAUAAUGAGCAUUCAGAGAGAUUUACAAGAGAAGAAAAUACUAUGGCACAUCUUACCCAGAAUGAACUGUCACCCCCCAAAUCCUUUUCCUAUAAUGUAAAUUCAGCUGCUUUCUCUGGAUUUAAUACAGCCAGUGGAAAACAUGUUGUGGUUUCAGCAAAUGCCUUACACAGAGUUAAGGGUAUGUUCGAGGAAUUCGACUUACUCAAAGCUGAACAUACCUUGCAGCAUUCACCUACAUCUGGACAAGAAGCAUCAAAAAUACUUCCUUGUACUGAUAAGAGAACCUCAGUACACACUAUAAAUUCCAAAAUGCAAAGGGCUAUUAAUAAUGAAUUUAAAUUAUUAUAUAACUCUAAUAUUGAAAGUGGUUCUUCAGAAAAUCAGGCUAUUAAAGUUUCUCCAUAUCUGUCUAAGAAAGACAAACAAUUGGCAGUACAAACCAGCCCAUCACUUGCUGAGAAUCUUUUGGGAAAAGAACAAGCUUUGCCUAAAAACAUAAAAAUGGAAGUUGGCAAGAAAUUUUUUUCUAAUGUUCCUGUGAAAACAAAUGCAAAAGAUUGUUCUACUUACUCCAGAGAUCUAGAAAACCAUUUUGAAACAGAAGCAGUAGAGAUUGCCAAAGCUUUUAUGGAAGAUGGUGAACUAACAGAUCAUGAACCACCAGCAUGUGUCAAAAAGUCACUGUUUACAGGAUCCAAGAAUAAGGACAUUGUUUUGCUAAAUUCCAGAACUGGGAAAAGAAGAGGAAUUGCCCUUAACUGGUUUGAAGAACCUCCAAUCAAAAGAAACUUGUUAAGUGAAUUUGACAAGAUAAUGGAACGUGAAGAAAAAUCUCUAAAGGCUUUAAAAAGCACUCCAGAUGGUGUAAUGAAAGAUAGGAAAUUGUACAUGCGUCUAGAGCCAAUUACCUGUGAACCCUUUGGCACAACUAAAGAACGGCAAGAAAUGCAGAAUCCAAAUGUUACUGCACCUGAUAAAGGAUUUCUGUCUAAACCUCAUCUUGACAGACACCUGGAAAAAUCUUCAAGCAAUUUACCAGAUUCAGGACAGUUGGUUCAUAAAAUUCCCAAUACAAGAAAUGAAACUAUGAGACAAUCAGUUACUAUAGGCAAAUUGGCCAAAGUCUUUGUCCCACCUUUCAAAGUGAAAUCACAUCUUCACAAAGAUGAACAUCAUGUUAGCAAGCAAACUAAUUUUGAAGAAGAAAAACAAAAACAAAGAAAAAUAGAGGAAUGUGGUUCCAGUGAUUGCAAAAACAUUAACAGUGAGAUUCAUCAGUUUAGCAAAGACAGCUCCUGUCAAGAAGCAACUAUGAUUUUCACAAAGUGUAAAGAACCUUUAGAUUUAAUUACAAGCCUUCAGAAUGCCAGAGAUAAUCAGUCUGCACGAAUUAUGAACAAAGAAAGGCAACGUAUCUUUCCACAACCAGGCAGUCUGUAUCUUGCAAAAACAUCCACCCUGCCUCGAAUCUCUCUGAAAGAAGCUGUAGGAAACCAAAUUCCCUCUGCAUAUUCUCAUAAGCAGCUUUAUAUGUAUGGCGUUUCGAAGCAUUGUAUAAAAAUAAACAGCAAAAAUGCUGAGUCUUUUCAGUUUCACACUGAGGAUUAUUUUAGUAAGGAAGAUUUACAUUCUGGAAAAGGAAUUCAGUUGGCUGAUGGGGGAUGGCUCAUACCGUCUGAGGAUGGAAAGGCUGGAAAAGAAGAAUUUUAUAGGGCUCUGUGUGACACCCCUGGUGUGGAUCCAAAACUUAUUUCUAGAGCUUGGGCCUAUAAUCAUUACAGAUGGCUUAUAUGGAAGCUGGCAGCUAUGGAAUUUUCUUUUCCUAAGGAAUUUGCUAAUAGAUGCCUAAACCCAGAAAGGGUGCUUCUUCAACUAAAGUACAGAUAUGACAUGGAAAUUGAUAGAAGCAAAAGGUCAGCCAUAAAAAAGAUCAUGGAAAGGGAUGAUACGCCUGCAAAGACACUGGUUCUCUGUGUUUCUGACAUCAUUUCAAGUACAUCUGAAACUUGUAGCAACAAAACUGAUGGUGCAGAUAUCAAAAAUGUGGCCAUGCUCGAACUUACAGAUGGAUGGUAUGCUGUCAAGGCCCAGUUAGACCCUCCGCUCCUAGCUCUCUUAAAGAAUGGGAGAUUGGCUGUGGGACAAAAGAUCAUUACUCAUGGAGCAGAGCUGAUAGGCUCCCCUGAUGCCUGUGCACCUCUGGAAGCCCCAGACUCUCUUAUGUUAAAGGCAGCUUAUUUAGCUUGUCAUCCUUUUACAGAAAAGGCAGAUAAAAAUGCCUCCUUGCAAGAAAACAUGACAAAACCAAGUAUGUCAUCACAUGUACUAUCAAGGCAGCAAGUUCGUGCUCUUCAGGAUGGAGCAGAGCUUUAUGAAGCAGUAAGGAAUGCACCAGACCCAGAUUACCUUCAGAGUUACUUCAGUGAAGAGCAGUUAAGAGCCUUGAAUAAUCACAAACAAAUGUUGAAUGAUAAAAAACAAGCACAGAUCCAGUUGGAAUUCCAGAAGGCGAUGGAAUCUGCUGAAAAGGUGGAAGAACGUUUAUCAAGGGAUGUUACACCUGUGUGGAAGUUGUGUAUUGUAAGCUAUGGGAAAAAAGGAAGAGAUGCAGUUACCUUGAGCAUCUGGCGUCCAUCAUCAGCCGUACUGUCCCUGUUAACAGAGGGAAACAGAUACAGAAUCUAUCAUCUUGCAACAUCAAAAUCGAAAUGCAAAUCUGAAAGAGCCAACAUACAGUUGACAGCAACAAAAAGAACUCAGUAUCAACAAUUACCAGCUUCAGAUGAAAUCUUAUUCCAAGUUUACCAGCCAAGAGAGCCCCUUCAGUUCAGCAGACUAUUAGAUCCAGACUUUCAGUCACCUUGUUCUGAAGUGGACCUAAUAGGGUUUGUAGUUUCUGUUGUGAAAAAAAUAGUGUGCAGCAGCAGCAGGAACAAAUACCUGAGUUCUGUCCUUAUGGUGGAGACUUUGGGAUACACUGGAGGAUCUUCUUCUCCUAGUAGCAAGCAAAAUUACCAGAGUCAUCUAUCACUUUGUACACCAAAAGAAAAGUGUUUGCCCAACCCUGUUUCUGCCCAGAUGAUCUCAGAAUCUUCACAUAAAGAGGAAAAAGAGAUUGAUGACCCCAAAACGUGCAAGAAGAGAAGAGCCUUGGAUUUCCUGACUCGACUGCCUUUACCUCCCCCUGUGAGUCCCAUUUGUACAUUUGUUUCUCCAGCCGCACAGAAGGCGUUUCAGCCACCACGGAGUUGUGGCACCAAGCACAGAACACCUACGAAGAGGAAAGAACUGAAUUUUCCUCAGGUGACUCCGUUUAAAAAGGUCAAUGAAAUUUCUCUUUUGGAACGUGACUCAAUAGCUGAUGAAGAACUGGCAUUGUUAAAUACCCAAUCCCUUGUGUCUGAUUCCAUGGGAGAAAGCCACUUGCUCAUCAGGGAAUCCAAGAGGACUACUCCGUCUAGUACCCAAGAUCACCUUGGACAGAAAAAGCCAGAUGAGUCCCUGAUGGGGGGACAAGGGAACCCCCAAGCUGGCACCAAAGAAUGUGAGAAAGUGACAAUAACUUGGUUUUUGUACGACAUAGACGGUUUCCAAGUGCACACAGUAUUUGUGUAACACGAAAAGGCUUGAAACAGUUUCAAAUUUACCUAAGUGUUGUAUAUCAUAGGGAUUCUUUGCUUUGUUCUAUAUUGAUGUGUUUUUAUUUCAGUUGUCUACCAUACAAUUGACUAUUUACUGUCUACUCAAAAACUCUUGUUUAAAAUUUUUUUAUUAAAUCUGUUCACUACUAGUACUAUUUUACAAAUCAAAUAAACAUACCUUGUUCUUUCACAUUA